UUAGCUCCUGCGGAAGGAUAUUUUUUACGUUUCCACGGGUCAAAGGUUGGUUCAUCAGCUGAUCAGAAGUCGCACUGCAGGAGUAGGAGGUCCAUCUAGUCUGCGACACUUUGCACCAACCUUACAUCAUUCAGGUGAAUUUACAAACACGUCAUCAAGCAGGAGACUGUAUAAACUAUAGGUUGAUUCGCCUCGUGGAACCAAAAACAACCAACUCGACCGAAAGUAGCGGCAUUGUAGGAACGUCUUGAUCCAUCGUGGUGCAUGGUGGUGGUCUCAACUUCAUUGCACAGUUUGGAUGUUUAUACUCCAGAGACCACGAUGCACUACCCACUGGUCAUCAGCACCUGCCUGUCUGCCCUGGGCAUGCUGGUCACUCUCAAAGUCAUCCCCCAGUUUGGAGAAGUUUUCAUGAAGGCUGGCUUCAAAGGGAAAGAUCUCAACAAGACUGUCCAAAAGGAGAUCCCAGAGUCAGCAGGGAUGAUAAGUGGAGCCAUGUUCCUGAUCAUCAUGUUCCUGUUCAUCCCCUUCCCAUUCCUGGAGUACUGGGUGUCAGUCAAGCCACAGACACAACAUGAGUUCCCACAUGCAGAUUUUGUAGAGUUCCUGGGUGCGCUCCUGUCCAUCUCCUGUAUGAUCUUCCUGGGGUUUGUGGAUGAUGCGCUGGCCCUGAAGUGGCGACACAAGCUGUGGCUGCCCACCAUCGCCUCCCUGCCCCUCCUCAUGGUCUACUUCACUACAUUUGACCUCACAACCAUCAUUGUUCCAAAGCCAUUCAGGUCCUUCUUAGGACUGUCUAUAGACCUGGGCCUGCUGUACUAUGUCUACAUGGGCAUGUUGGCUGUGUUCUGCACCAAUGCAAUAAAUAUCCUGGCUGGUAUCAAUGGUGUGGAGACUGGGCAGUCAUUGAUCAUUGGGCUGUCAAUCACCAUUUUUAAUCUACUUGAACUCUCAGGUGACUUCAGUGAAGACCACAUCUUUUCCCUGUACUUCAUGAUUCCGUUUUGUGCUGUCUCCUUUGCACUUUUAUGCUACAACUGGUAUCCAUCCCAGGUGUUUGUGGGAGACACCUUUUGCUACUUUGCUGGGAUGACGUUUGCUGUGGUGGGCAUCUUGUCUCACUUUAGCAAGACCAUGCUGCUGUUCUUCAUCCCUCAGAUCCUGAACUUCCUCUACUCGUGUCCGCAGCUCUUUAGAUUGGUCCCCUGUCCUCGCCACAGGCUCCCACGGUAUUGCUAUGGAUGA